ACGGACAUAAAAAAAAAAAAAAAAAAAACUAUCUUGAACCUUAUCCCGAGGGGCUCAGGCGUGUGUUGCUCUGCUACACUCCCUUCUCUUUUCCAAACAAAAAAUGGCGGCAGCCUUGUCUCCACUGUCGCCGGUGAAGCUGAAGCAGUCUCCUCUGUCUCUGAAUGAAGUUCAUCGUAAAUCUCCUCAGCUCCUCUUUCCUCCCAAAUCCACCAACCAUUCGAAAUGGGAAGGCCAAAGCCAAAGGCAACGGCAAAGGCGACGGCAAAUGCGAGUGUUGUCGGCCUUAGGAGGUCUUUUGGGAGGCAUUUUCAAGGGUGGCGUCGACACCGGCGAAUCCACGAGGCAGCAGUACGCCUCCCUUGUCUCCUCCGUCAAUCGGUUGGAGGCUGAGGUGUCGGCCUUGUCUGAUGAUGAGCUCCGACAAAAGACUCGUCUUUUCCAAGAACGAGCCCAGCAAGGCGACUCUUUAGAUUCUCUUUUACCUGAAGCAUUUGCUGUUGUUAGAGAGGCUUCCAAGAGGGUCUUAGGUCUUCGUCCCUUCGAUGUCCAGCUCACUGGUGGCAUAGUUCUUCAUAAGGGAGAAAUAGCAGAAAUGAAAACUGGGGAAGGAAAGACCCUUGUAGCGAUUUUACCAGCUUAUUUGAAUGCAUUGAGCGGAAAAGGAGUUCAUGUGGUCACUGUCAAUGAUUAUCUCGCCCGACGAGAUUGUGAGUGGGUUGGUCAAGUUCCUCGCUUUCUCGGAUUGAAGGUUGGCCUAAUCCAACAGAACAUGACAAGUGAGCAAAGAAAAGAAAAUUACUUGUGUGACAUCACAUACGUCACCAACAGUGAGCUCGGUUUUGAUUACUUGAGAGACAAUCUUGCCACGAGUGUGGAGGAGCUUGUGUUGAGGGAUUUUAAUUACUGUAUAAUUGAUGAGGUUGAUUCUAUCCUUAUUGAUGAAGCAAGAACCCCUCUAAUUAUAUCUGGACCUGCAGAAAAACCCAGUGAUCGUUAUUAUAAAGCUGCUAAAAUUGCUGCUGCCUUUGAGCGAGAUAUACAUUACACUGUCGAUGAAAAGCAGAAAACAGUUCUACUCACAGAACAGGGUUAUGAAGAUUCUGAAGAGAUUCUGGAUGUGAAAGAUUUGUAUGAUCCCCGAGAACAGUGGGCAUCAUAUCUUCUGAAUGCAGUAAAAGCAAAGGAACUGUUUCUUAGAGAUGUCAACUAUAUCAUCCGUGGCAAAGAGGUUCUUAUUGUGGAUGAGUUUACUGGUCGAGUUAUGCAGGGGAGGCGAUGGAGUGAUGGACUUCACCAAGCAGUUGAAGCAAAAGAAGGUUUGCCCAUCCAAAUUGAAACCGUAACCCUGGCUUCGAUUAGCUACCAGAACUUCUUUCUCCAGUUCCCAAAACUUUGUGGGAUGACUGGCACUGCAGCAACUGAAAGCACUGAAUUUGAAAGUAUAUACAAGCUGAAAGUUACAGUAGUGCCGACAAAUAAAGCCAUGAUAAGAAAGGAUGAGUCGGAUGUAGUUUUUAGGGCGACAUCAGGAAAAUGGAGAGCAGUUGUAGUAGAGAUUUCAAGAAUGCACAAGGCGGGUCGCCCUGUGCUUGUUGGUACCACAAGUGUUGAGCAGAGUGACUCAUUGUCCGAGCAGUUGAAAGAAGUUGGAAUUCCCCAUGAGGUUCUGAAUGCAAAACCAGAAAAUGUGGAAAGAGAAGCAGAAAUUGUUGCUCAGAGUGGUCGUCUAGGAGCAGUAACAAUUGCUACCAAUAUGGCAGGUCGUGGAACAGACAUAAUCCUUGGUGGUAAUGCAGAAUUCAUGGCAAGGUUGAAGCUACGAGAGAUGCUAAUGCCAAGUGUUGUUAAGCCAGUUGAAGGCAUUGUAUCAGUGAAGAAACUUCCUCCAAAGAAGACAUGGAAGGUUGAUGAAAAACUAUUUCCGUGCAACUUAUCCAAUAAGAAUGUGAAGUUGGCUGAGGAGACUGUAAAGUUAGCUGUCGAAACAUGGGGUCGAAGAUCAUUGACUGAGCUGGAAGCAGAGGAGCGUCUAUCUUAUUCCUGUGAAAAGGGGCCUGCUCAGGAUGAAGUUAUUGCCAAACUGAGGAAUGCCUUUAAGGAAAUUGUUGAUGAAUAUAAAAUUUACACGGAGGAAGAAAGAAAGAAGGUUGUGUCAGCUGGUGGACUGCAUGUUGUGGGUACAGAACGCCAUGAAUCUCGCCGGAUAGACAAUCAGUUGCGUGGUCGAAGUGGCCGGCAAGGGGAUCCUGGAAGUUCACGCUUCUUCUUAAGCCUUGAAGACAACCUAUUUCGUGUAUUUGGUGGAGACCGAAUUCAGGGUUUAAUGAGAGCCUUUAGAGUUGAAGACCUACCAAUUGAGUCCCAGAUGUUGACCAAAGCCCUGGACGAAGCUCAGCGGAAAGUGGAAAAUUACUUUUUCGAUAUUCGGAAGCAACUAUUUGAGUUUGAUGAAGUCUUAAAUAGCCAAAGGGACCGUUUAUAUACAGAAAGAAGGAGAGCCCUCGAAUCCGACAAUCUUCAAUCUCUUAUCAUUGAAUAUGCUGAAUUGACAAUGGAUGACAUCUUAGAGGCAAAUGUUGGUGCGGACGCUCCAAAAGAAAGCUGGGAUCUCGAGAAGCUCAUUGCUAAGCUUCAGCAGUACUGCUAUCUGUUGGAUGACUUGACGCCAGAUUUGCUGAGGAGUAAAGGAUCAAGUUAUGUGGAGUUGCAAGAUUACCUUCGUCUUCGUGGUCGACAAGCAUAUUUACAGAAAAGAGAGAUAGUGGAAAAUCAAGCUCCGGGUUUGAUGAAGGAAGCCGAAAGGUUCUUAGUAUUAAGCAAUAUUGAUCGCCUGUGGAAGGAACACCUCCAAGCACUCAAGUUUGUACAGCAAGCCGUGAGUUUGCGUGGAUAUGCACAGCGGGAUCCACUUAUCGAGUACAAACUUGAAGGCUAUAAUCUCUUCUUAGAAAUGAUGGGUCAAUUGAGAAGAAACGUUAUCUACUCCAUAUAUCAGUUUCAACCGGUGAUGGUAAAGAAGAACGAGGAUGAAAAACAAAAGAGGAAUUCGGGCAAAGUUGCAAGUAAUGGUAGGGCUAAUAAUGGAGAAGCUGAUGCAGUAGGCAACGUUGAGACGUCUUCUGCAGCUGCCAGCCCCCAAGGAAGUGCGUGAAUAAGACCAAAAGUUAUU